GUUUGAUGAUUCGAUGAGAACCAGUACGCCGGAAACGACAGUGGUGAGGUGGGGGCGGAGGGGCACAACAAACAAGGAUGUGAGGAACCAACCAACCAAAGCCCGCCUGCUCGAGCCUUCGGCGAUCGAUCGGCAGCCACCGCGAGCACGUAUCCCACCCAUCUCCCCCGUUGGCUCCUGCCUCCUGCGCCCUCCCUCACCCACCCAACCCUAUCCAUCCAUCCAUCCAUCCGCUCUACACCCUCCGCCACCAAGGCAACAGCAGCCAGCCAGCCAGCCGCCUCUCGCCUCCCUCCCCUCUCCCGCUCGCGAUGGCGGUCACGCGCUUCGCCGUGGCCGCCGCCCUCUCGGCCGCCCCGCCCUCCUCCCGCCGCCGCCGGGUCGCCCUCCCCUCCUCCUGCCGCCUUCUCCCUGCCGCCCGCGCACCGAAGGCGCUGCGCUCCGCUGCUGGCCCCGCCGCCGGCGCGGUUGACGAGGAUGUCCCCGCCUCGCCUCCCUCAGAUCGGGUGGAGAACCUGGUGAUCAUCGGUUCCGGCCCAGCCGGGUACACUGCUGCGAUUUACGCUGCCCGGGCGAACCUGAAGCCCGUCGUGUUCGAAGGGUACCAGGUGGGUGGUGUCCCUGGUGGGCAGCUGAUGACCACGACUGAGGUGGAGAAUUUCCCUGGUUUCCCAGAUGGUAUAACCGGGCCUGAUCUGAUGGACAGAAUACGGAAGCAAGCAGAACGCUGGGGUGCCGAGCUUCACCAAGAGGAUGUUGAGUUUGUGAAUGUAAAGAGCAGCCCAUUUGUUAUUCGUAGUAGCGAUCGUGAGGUGAAAUGCCAUAGUCUAAUCAUUGCAACUGGAGCUACGGCUAAGCGCCUCCGGUUGCCUCGUGAACAUGAAUUUUGGAGUAGAGGUAUCAGUGCAUGUGCAAUAUGUGAUGGAGCAUCGCCGUUGUAUAAGGGUCAAGUUCUUGCAGUUGUUGGAGGUGGUGACACAGCUACAGAGGAAGCAAUAUAUUUGACAAAAUAUGCUUGCCAUGUUCAUUUACUUGUUCGAAGGAAUCAGCUACGAGCAUCCAAAGCUAUGCAGGACAGAGUACUCAACAACCCCAACAUAACAGUACAUUUCAAUACAGAAGCCGUGGAUGUUGUUGGCAAUGACAAAGGCCAGAUGUCUGGUAUUCAACUGAAGAGAAUCGAUACAGGAGAGGAAUCAGUUCUUGAGGUGAAAGGUCUAUUUUAUGGCAUAGGACAUACUCCAAACAGUCAGCUGCUACAAGGUCAAAUUGAACUUGACAGUGCUGGCUAUAUUUUGGUUAAAGAAGGUUCAGCGAAAACUUCAGUUGAUGGUGUAUUUGCUGCUGGUGAUGUGCAGGAUCAUGAAUGGAGGCAAGCCGUUACUGCAGCUGGAUCUGGAUGCAUAGCCGCUUUGUCAGUUGAAAGAUACUUAGUUGCCAAUGAUCUUCUUGUUGAAUUUCACCAGCCUGUUCGCGAAGAAACAAAGAAGGAUGUUACAGACAAAGAUGUUGAAAUGGGCUUUGACAUUUCUCACACAAAACACAAGGGACAGUAUGCACUCCGCAAAAUAUACCAUGAGAGUCCACGGCUUAUUUGUGUUCUAUAUACGUCUCCCACAUGUGGUCCCUGCAGAACCUUAAAACCAAUUUUGAGCAAGGUCAUAGAUGAGUAUGACGAAUAUGUUCAUUUAGUUGAAAUUGACAUUGAGGAGGAUCCUGAAAUUGCAGAAGCUGCAGGCAUCAUGGGAACACCUUGUGUUCAAUUUUUUAAGAAUAAAGAAAUGAUCAGGACUUUCUCUGGUGUGAAAAUGAAGAAGGAAUACCGGGAGUUUAUUGAGUCGAACAAAUGAGGUGAAAAUGAAGAAGUAAUAACGGUUCUUUUGCCCUCUUUAGAUGCCGCUCUGGUGGUCAAAUUUUGGUCAGAAGUUUCAGAUGAGCCUUGAUUAGUGCGAUGUCAAAGGAAAUUUGCCAAUAGCUCAUAUUGGAUUCAGCAGCACAAAAUAUAUUGUUUGUUGUACACAGCCUGUGGAGUUGAUCCCCUGCUGAUCACUGCCUUAACAAUGUGCAAGCUUCUUUAUAGAUUUAUCCUCCAUUAAUCUUCAGGAUAUACUCGAUAAUGUAUCAUUCUAUUAUGAUUUUCUUUUUGGAAA